ACAUAUCCCCGUACUUUUGCUACCUCUCAUUAUGCAGGAGGACUUUGAAUCUCCCUCGUUUGCUUUAAAAAGAGCUAAUUAUCCAGAAUUUCCACAGUUACUAGUGACCAAUCCGCAGAAUAAGAUAUUGUGAGGAACAAAUGACUCUGGAGGAGGAUUUCCUUAAAGCCGCAGAUGGCGUAAGAAAUCUAUCGAAACAACUCCUGGAAUUGGACGCCCUUGAGCUUUACGCCCUCUUCAAGCAAGCCACCUUCGGAGACAUAAAUACUGAGCGUUCCAGUGCGGUAAAUCAUCCAGCCAAGGCGAAGUGGGACCACUGGAACAAGAAGAAGGGAAUGUCCAAAGAUGACGCGAAAAAGGCCUACAUCGCCUGCGCCAAUAUUGCUAUUCCAAAAUACAAAUGAUUUAAUUCUCAUGAGGAUGUAUUUAUCUUUCUGUUCUUAAUUAUGCAAAUAAAUUAAUGGAUACAGUAA